AUGAAGAUCAUUAUAGCUGGCGCUACUGGGUUCGUGGGCAAAGAAGUCGUUGUCCAGUCUAUUGAGAACUCAAGAAUUUCAUCAAUCAUUGUCCUUACCAGGCGCCACAUUGACAAAAUUCUGAGCCAACAUCCCAAGGGAGCACAAGGCUGUGUUUGGUGUUUAGGAGGCAAGGUCGAGGAUUUCCCCGAUCUCGAGACUGCGAGGAAGGUCGGUGUUAAUUUCACUUUGACCGCCGCACACGCCUUCGUGAAAGGGAUAUGUCCAAGUCUACAACCGGGACAGAGAUUCCGCUUCGUCUUCUGCAGUGGCAAUGGGGCAGAAUGGGGUCAGGACAAGAGACUCUGGGUAUUCUCCGACACCCGAAAAUUGAAGGAAGCCGCUGAACGGGGCUUGCUGGAUAUCGCCGAGGACAACCGUGACGUUAUUUGA